GAGGUCAUGUUUCCGAUUUGGUGCUGAAAAUGCGCAUUUUUGGUCUUCCAUCUCGAUUUUACGACGUAUCGCAAAGUCAUGACGUCAGUGAAUGGGAGACCAAAAUGGCGCCCUUUGGAUGAAAAUUUCUUACAUUUUGUCCAUUUUUAUUUCACAUGAGUACUUACUUUACAGGACGCAGUGCCGCUUUUGUUGGAGAUUUACAUUCUAUUAGGGUUCCUUGGGUGUUUGUGACGCAGCGGGAUAGCUAUGGACUACGAGUUCAAGCUGAAAACGGCCGCCCAACGGGAGAAAGUGGAGGACCUUUUUGACUACGAAGGCUGCAAAGUCGGCCGCGGAACGUACGGACAUGUGUACAAGGCAAAGAGAAAAGACGGGUCAGACGACAAAGAAUAUGCACUGAAACAGAUAGAAGGCACCGGCAUAUCCAUGUCAGCAUGUCGGGAAAUUGCUCUGCUGAGAGAGCUGAAGCACCCGAAUGUGAUCACCCUGCACAGAGUUUUCCUGUCUCACUCCGACAGAAAAGUCUGGCUUCUGUUUGACUUUGCAGAACACGACCUGUGGCACAUUAUAAAAUGGCACAGAGCAUCCAAAGCCAACAAGAAGCCUGUUCCAAUCCCCAGACAGAUGGUCAAGUCCCUGUUAUACCAGAUUCUAGACGGUAUCCACUACCUGCAUGCUAACUGGAUAUUACAUAGAGACCUGAAACCUGCCAAUAUCCUAGUGAUGGGCGAGGGACCAGAGAGGGGCAGGGUGAAAAUAGCUGACAUGGGAUUUGCACGACUGUUCAACUCCCCGCUGAAGCCCCUGGCAGAUCUGGACCCGGUGGUGGUGACUUUCUGGUACAGGGCACCUGAGCUUCUGCUGGCCGCAAGGCACUACACUAAGGCUAUAGAUAUCUGGGCCAUCGGCUGCAUCUUCGCCGAGCUGCUGACCUCGGAGCCGAUCUUCCACUGUCGGCAGGAGGACAUCAAGACUAGCAACCCGUACCACCACGACCAGCUGGACAGAAUAUUCAACGUCAUGGGCUUUCCUCAAGAGAAAGACUGGGAAGACAUCAGGAAGAUGCCGGAGCAUGCCACGCUGAUGAAGGAUUUCCGCAGAUCACAGUCUUCCAGAUACCAAAACUGCUGUUUACUGAAGUACAUGGAAAAACACAAGGUCAAAGCUGACAGCAAAGCAUUCCAUCUGUUGUCCAAGCUGCUGACCAUGGACCCCACCAAGAGAAUAUCCUCCGAUCAGGCCAUGGCCGACCCCUACUUCAUGGAGGAUCCCCAGCCAACUUCAGAAGAGUUUCUGCACUUCCUCAGAAGCAAGGUUUCCGAGACUUCCAGAGAGUUACUGCCACCCUGGCUCAGAAGCAAGCCAUCUCGUCAUUCAAGCAGACCGCGGCCCAGGACCAGGGCGGCUCCGGCAGCCACGCCCCGCCCGCCAAGCGCGUCCGCAUCGCGCCGCCCACCACCAGCUCUGGGAACUUCUCAGGAGCCGAGUAUCAGCGUAAUUACCAAGGAAACCAGGGGCAGGGCCAUUCUGGGCAGAACCAAGGAACGAUGGGCUACCAGUCCUCUGGGACCUCUACUCACCCGACAAAUACAACAUCGUACGGACAGCAGCACAGAUAUUAGCUACCCACCCCAACACAACAUCGUACGGACAGCAGCACAGAUAUUAGCUACCCACCCCAACACAACAUCGUACGGACAACAGCACAGAUAUUAACUACCCACCCCAACACAACAUCGUACGGACAGCAGCACAGAUAUUAGCUACCCACCCCAACACAACAUCGUACGGACAGCAGCACAGAUAUUAGCUACCCACCCCAACACGACAUCGAACGGACAGCAGCACAGAUAUUAGCUACCCACCCCAACACAACAUCUUACGGACAGCAGCACAGAUAUUAGCUACCCACCCCAACACAACAUCGUACGGACAGCAGCACAGAUAUUAGCUACCCACCACAACACAACAUCGUACGGACAGCAGCACAGAUAUUAGCUACCCACCCCAACACAACAUCGUACGGACAGCAGCACAGAUAUUAGCUACCCACCCCAACACAACAUCGUACGGACAGCAGCACAGAUAUUAGCUACCCACCCCAACACAACAUCGUACGGACAGCAGCACAGAUAUUAGCUACCCACCCCAACACAACAUCGUACGGACAGCAGCACAGAUAUUAGCUACCCACCCCAACACAACAUCGUACGGACAGCAGCACAGAUAUUAGCUACCCACCCCAACACAACAUCGUACGGACAGCAGCACAGAUAUUAGCUACCCACCCCAACACCACAUCGUACGGACAGCAGCACAGAUAUUAGCUACCCACCCCAACACAACAUCGUACGGACAGCAGCACAGAUAUUAGCUACCCACCCCAACACAACAUCGUACGGACAGCAGCACAGAUAUUAGCUACCCACCCCAACACAACAUCGUACGGACAGCAGCACAGAUAUUAGCUACCCACCCCAACACAACAUCGUACGGACAGCAGCACAGAUAUUAGCUACCCACCCCAACACAACAUCGUACGGACAGCAGCACAGAUAUUAGCUACCCACCCCAACACAACAUCGUACGGACAGCAGCACAGAUAUUAGCUACCCACCCCAACACAACAUCGUACGGACAGCAGCACAGAUAUUAGCUACCCACCCCAACACAACAUCGUACGGACAGCAGCACAGAUAUUAGCUACCCACCCCAACACAACAUCGUACGGACAGCAGCACAGAUAUUAGCUACCCACCCCAACACAACAUCGUACGGACAGCAACACAGAUAUUAGCUACCCACCCCAACACAACAUCGUACGGACAGCAGCACAGAUAUUAGCACAAACCCCACAAAUACAACAGAACAUUUUAGACAUGGUUUACAGUCUAGAGGAUCUUGAACUUGUCAUAGACUUGACAUAGAUUCUGAAGUAUCAUAGAAAGCAACUUAUAACAUGUCAGCAAGCUUGUAGGUCAGUAAUUCAACAAGUGAACACUCCGGGUUAUUAUAUGUCAUGUAGUUGUCAGUUUUAUGGUGAAGUCAGUACAUUGAUAUUGUAGGCGUGAGUGUUUUAAUGUUGCAAUGAGUAAGGUCGUGAACAUUAUGCCGUACAUUUCCACAAGUGAAGAAAGAGGUUUUCGCUAGCUGUAAGAUCUUUCUGUACAUUUCCAGUGUUAUUAACUAAAGAUUUCCUUAGAUAUACCACGAAGGAAACUUUGUUCACUACUCUUCUUCCAAGCAGAAAAAAUGGCAAUUGAAACAAUUGAAUAAAUUCAUGAGUUUAUUAGAAGAUUUAGUGUCAACUGCAAAAUUUCAGAUUCAUGAACCAUUGAAGUCAACUGUCGACUGUCUGGAUAUAAUCCUGCUCAGAAUGCACUUAAUAACAUCAUCCAGCUAAUUAACAUAAUCCAGCUGGAUUUUGGUUUUUCAUAAAUGUACAUGUGCGAACAUGUGUGAUCACGUCGACCGAUGAUGAUGAUGAUGAUGAAUUGUUGUAUAAACAUAGAUUGGCAUAAGGUCAGGACCACUUAAGGAACAUAAAAUGUCUACUUUUGUUGAGAAUUUUAUCUGCUAUAUUUGCUAGCUUGACUUUUGUAUGUUAUAAGUGCACGUUUGAUGUUCUGUAUUUAUUAUGAAAGUUGGGGGAGAAAAAGGGCAUGACAUUUUUUUCUGGUUUAUCCCUGACGGAAAACUGUUAGUGGCAGCAUUUCCACACUGCCCUACAAUCUCCGUUUUUAACCCUUUGUCCAGGAUAUCUUUCGUUAACUAUUGCAUUGUUACGUAUGUGCAGAGCAAGUGGAGUCCUUUAGGAACAGAUAAGAGUGCAUCGAUGGAGCGUGUAAAUAGUUAAAAUAUAGAAGCAGCAACAUACUGAUAAUAAUCAUGGAUAACUGUACAAAACACAAACAAUACACAAGGAUGAAUAAAUAAUGAACAAGUUAA